UAUGUAUAUAAAGGCUAGAUGGCUCAAGGCGGAGUCAGCUGUGUCGUCACUUGGCGGCCAUCUUAGGUCAGUGCUGCCAUAGUGCUGCUCCCUGCUGCUGUGGACGGAAGGUGAGUGACAUACGCCAACUAAAAUGCUCGUAACUUGCUGAAUUCUUGACGGAUUUACAAACGGUUUGGUUUUUUACAAACGUUAUUAACGUGGCUAUAAUUCUGGAUGCUUUAACAUGUUUCAUGAAUUUUUUAUUUAUUUUUAGUAUACGUAUUCAGUGUCAUAGGUACAUCUUUGACGUUUAUAACAAACCAAUCCGUUUGAAAAUCGGUAAAAAAUUAAGCAAGUUAUGGUCAUUUAAAAGUACCUGCAUCAUUAAAACUCAAUGCUACGAGUGAGCGAGCGCCCUGUCCUAAGAUGGCCGCCAAAAUGCGGACGUUCCACUCAAUUGGCCAUCAGCGCGGACGAGCCAUCUAGCCUUUAUAUACAUAUCUAUGGAUCUGUCAGCCACCAUUAACUCCAGAAGAAGAAGAAAUCUGACACGAAUGACGACAGGGAGGACGCCCUGAGUGCUUUGUGCAGCCUGAAGAGGACCUACUGACCUAUUGCUACUCUCUUUCUCUCAAUCUCAUCUGAAUAUGGAGCCGUUCUGCAAACAAGACACAGAAAAGAUCUCUGAUAAAGGUAAUAACACAGAAGUUAUUCCCAACCCUGAACCCAAGACCAGAGAAGAGUUCCUCCAGUAUUCUCUUCGUCUGACGCCGGAUACGAACACGCUGUAUAAGCACCUUCGGCUGUCUGAGGGGAACAAAGUGAUCACAUUUACUCACACAGACCAGCUGUAUCCCCAUCAUCCAGACAGAUUUGAGUGUUGUCAGGUGUUGUGUAGAGAGCGUGUGUGUGGACGCUCUUACUGGGAGAUUAAGUGGGGUGGUGCUGUGCAUAUAUCAGUGUCAUAUAAAAGCAUCCGUAGGAAGGAAUUAGGUCAUGGGAGUGAGUUUGGGCGUAAUAAUCAGUCCUGGAGAUUGUACUGCUCUGACUCCAGAUUUUCAUUUUGUCACAAUAACAAAUGGAUAAAUCUCCCUGUAGUGUCCAGUUCUUUCAAAAUUGGAGUGUAUGUGGAUCACAAUGCAGGAAUUUUGUCUUUCUACAGCGUCUCUGACACACAAAUGACCCUCAUCCACAGCAUCCACACCACGUUUACUCAACCUCUCUAUCCUGGGUUUACAAUGGUUUCCGUUCAUUCUAAAGUAACGCUGUGUGAUCCAACUAUAUAGAUUGUACAGAAUUGUAUUGUAUUUUAUAAUAAUAUAUUUUUUAUUUAAACUCAGGGGUGUACUCGCAUUAUACUUAACCAGGUGAACUGUACCCAAGUGCGAUUGUUUCCACUCCCCUGCUGAUCUGCACUCGCACUACACUUUAUGAUCCGUACCCGAGUAUGCUUAUGUCAUUAAAACAUGUUGAUGGAGUUGCACUAUGCACUUACAAUGAGUUUAUGGUUUAUUAGGCAUGUUUGAAAUCAGGACAAUAAAUCGUAUGACAUUAAAUCAUAUGACAUUUAAGUAACCCAAAGCAAUUGUAGCGCAUACUGUUCCUAAAUCUCUCUCGUGGUUAUUUGAUGUCAAUCAAACCUCUGUUAUCUUGGGUUGUUUUGGAUGCGGUGACACACGGCUGCAUCUAAUUGUGCUGCGCUUAUCAAAAUGUUUUUAUAGUGACAGCUGAAGUUUCGCACUCCGAAUUUUCCCUUUGUUUUUGAUUUGUUCUUAUGCAAAGAAUAAACAAUCAAACCAAAACAAAGAA